AUGGAGACGCCGACUAAGCGGCGCAGAGUCGAACUUCACAAUCUGGAAAGGGUGUCCCCUCCAGUGAAGCAGGACAAGCCUGCUUUACCGCGGCAAAAGCCUCCGAACUUUGGUGGGCAUCACAGCAAGGCCGGACAGUGUCAAUGUUGCCAGGCGCCCCGCGCGAAGCACCAGCACGGUGGUUACUGUGCACAGUGUGUCAAUCGCUGCCGCCAGCUUUAUGGUCACCGAAGCUUCUCGAAGCUGUUGCCAGAUCAGGCAAGGGACAUCGCUGCUUUCGUGGACAAGCAUGCCUCCGUGGACAAGCGUGUGAAACCAUUGCGUGGCAACCAUGCCGUAGCAAAGUUGGCAGAGCUGCUCCCGCGACUUGAGGCCGCGAUCGAGCGCAUUGAAAAGCUCGAGCUUGAUUCUUCUUGCAGCUAG